AUGGCGCCUAUCAACAAGUCGACCAACAAGACCCUGCGUCGCAGCUCGAGAGUUGCAAAGAGAGACGAGGCUGCCAACGAUAUCAAGGACGAUCAUGAGUCUCCCUCCAUCGACAGCAACAAGUUUAACAACAUGAUUAAGGGCAAGGGCAAGGCCCUGCCCAAGUCUGUCAAAAUCAAAAAGACUACGAUCAAGAAGGCCCCUGUCGGCAACAAGGCACUCAACCAGAAAGGCACAGUCACCAAUAAGACCAAUCCCGCCAAAAAAAAACACGGCCCUACUAGAAGUUCUGCUCGUCUGCAGCAAAGAUCCGCCAACGCGCCCCCUACCAAUGAGAUACUCAUCAUCUCCGAACCCAACAACGACGAGCCCAACGAGGCCAAUAAUACACACUCUCCCUCCGAGGAUCUCACCCUCACAGAAGAGCAAAGAGCCUUCACGAUUCGCCGCCCCACCAUUCACCGCGCCCACGCCGCCAUCAGAUCCGGCGCCAUCGCCAAUGGAAAUUUCUUCUUCGCCCUUCCUGAAGAUCACCCCCUCAGAACCACACCCGUUGCUGGUGAAGAUGUUAGUCCAGACGUUAUGCCUGCCGCGCCCCCUAGGAUCAUGAAUUCAAUGCCAGGUUUCAGAGAAACGAGAGUAAUACUCCUGAGUGGCAUAUGA